UUCUUGUUUCAUAUCGUCGAGCCCUAUCUCUACGCUGAUGACAAGAAAUUAAUGCUUCCUUAAAUAUUCGACAGUCACUUGACCAAGUUAAAAAAAGGAAAAAUUAUUGUACUCGAAAAUAUAAUCGUAGAACAGCGUGUCAUUUCUGCUAAGUUUGAUUAACUGCUUCAGGAGCAUAAUUUAUGCUUUAUUGAACAAAUGUUAUAUAAUUAUUAAUACUGCAGCACCGGGAUGGACUUGUGUUAAUUAUACAUUUGUUAUUAAUGCAGAUGAGAUUUCUUUGAUAUUUGAAAGACAUUCUAGAAAAAAAAUUGAAGUGACUUUAACCCAUUUAGAUAAAAAGGAUUUUUUUGUUUGGUUUUAACUCGAUUUCAUCUGAUUGCUAUGGAAACCAUUUCAUCAUUAAUUAUGGAAGUUAAAGGAGCAUGUCUUCAAAGCGUAAAAAUACGCCAACCAAACUGCCUCGAGACGACGUCGUAAAUGAACGACCAAUCUACAACAGCUUACCUCAAGAUCAGCACAAUUAUAAUUACGAUCGGGACAUAGAUUAUCAGUCUCCAUUACAUAUUGUUGAAAAUCACGAAAAUUUCAACGGAAUCGACAACCAAGAUUCCGACUGUAGUAACGAUCGUGAUCGCCCUAAAAACAAGAAACAGAGAAUUCUGCAGAGCAUUCGUAACAGUUCAGAUUCUGAUUCCGAUCCAGAAAAUAAUUUCCAUUUGAAUAAUAACACAACAAAGCCCGGGUUUGGGUUGCACAAAAAAUCCAUGGAAAGUGUUCUUCGCCGACUUAACACGCACAAGCCAGAGAGUGCAUCGGAGCGUGAAUAUUUGGACAAAUGUCUAAAGAUGACUACGCAUGAAACAACAGACAUGCAGCUUUUCUCAAAUAUACAACAAUUGCUCAGUGACCAGACAGCACAGGAUAAAGAAAAGAAACUCGGGGAAAUGAUUGCUCAGUUACAGAACAUUAAAGAAAGUAUACGCAAGGAAAAACAGAGUUCUGAAGAAAGGUCCCCAAGUCCUGAAGAGAGAAAACAUGAAGUCCCAUCUCAUAUGACACUACCAUCAAGGAUGUCACCCCUGACAACGUCUGCGUUCCAAGUCGACACAAAGCAGCAUUCAUCGCCACCAUAUACCACCUCGCCAUACCAUUUGUCGCCAGUGACACAUUCCAGCCCCCUACCUUCGGACCACCACUCGACGCCAUCACCUCGUCAUGAAAACUCCAUGACCAGUCCAUCAGGACACAUGCCUCAUACACCAAUGUGGCUGGGUACUCCAAGAGACACUAGGGAACCGAGAGAUGCUGCCCCCACUGACCAAGAUGGCCCACUGAAUCUUUCAAAACCAAGAAAUGAUACCCCGAAAAGGGAGAGAACUGAGGAGCAUUAUAGUUACCAGCAUCACUUCGACCGAUCAGAGAAGGUUGCAACCCCACCUCCAGCCCAUAGCAACCAUCGUAUGAAUGUUAACACAACCUGCAGCAGUAGUAGCAGCCACAAUGCUAGUGUCAGUUCACCACCUGUACCAUCAACACCACCAAAAGUUUCAAUGGCUGAAAAUCCAUCUCCGCUCUUCCCAAGUGUGCGACCUCCCUUUCUGCCACCACAGUAUAGUCCAUUCCUGGGUCUAGCCAGUCACCUGCCUGUCUCCGUCCUCAACAACAACUUCAGCGCUCACUCCUACCUGAUGAAUGGUGGAAAACUUCCAAGCUUGGACUCCGAUAAGGAAAGUAUGGUACAUGAGGCUCUGGCACGACAGUAUGCUGCAGCUCAACACUCUGCCCACGGACCUCCAGUGUUUCCUGGUUUUGGACUGUCUAUGUAUCCUGGUGCAUCUCAUCUCUCUCCACACAGCAUGGCCAAGGAUCGUAAUGAACCACUAAGGGCUGACAACACUUCACCAAACUCUAAAAUGUUUGGCGCCAAAAUCAUCCGAGCACAGAAAGAGAAACAAGAUAUGAAUAAGCCGCAUGUAAAGCGACCAAUGAACGCGUUUAUGGUUUGGGCGCGUGAAGAACGGAGGAAAAUACUCAAAGCAUGUCCAGAUAUGCACAACUCAAACAUAAGUAAAAUAUUAGGUGCCAAGUGGAAGGCCAUGACCAACGCAGAGAAGCAGCCCUACUAUGAGGAACAGUCCCGUCUCAGUAAACUCCACAUGGAAAAACACCCCGACUACAGAUACAGACCUCGUCCAAAGAGAACAUGUAUUGUGGAUGGAAAGAAACUACGAAUUUCUGAGUACAAAAAUUUGAUGCGUUCCAGAAGACAGGACAUUCGUCGUGUCUGGUACGGAGACUCUGGGACCACAUAUGUGGAGGGAUUGCUCAAUUCAAAUGGUCAAGGUGUUCCAAGUUCUUCAAGUUCAGGGUACGAUUCUUCGCGGUUGAUGUCUCCGUCAGAAAUGGCAUCAAGUUUAAAUCAGGAAAAUGGUCACAAUAGCAGGGAACAUACUGCCAAUGGCAACAGUGAUCAUAGUGACGCAGAAGAUGUAAGCAUGCUUGAUCAGGAUCAGGCAGAUGCUCGUCUCCAUAGUGACGAGGAUAAUCUUAGUGACGAUCUUGACCAAGCAGACGACAAUAGUAUGGAUGCCUCAUACAGUAACCAUAGUAACUUAAAUGACUCAGAUUUUGCUAAUGGAAAUGGACCAGAAUUACAACAAGUUUCAACAUAGUUAUUAACAUUGUAAACUUGGACAAAGUCCUGAAAAAAACAACUUCUGUUAGGCUUGAAGGCCUUUAUUAUUUGUGAGAAGGUUGUGUGGUGCUAAAAGUGUAAAACGCUAGUUGUGAAUUACGUCUAAACUAAUAAAAAAGAGGCUGAAAAAUAUGCGAUGGCAAAGCAUUGAAUGAGAUGCAGAGGAGAUGAGAAGGAACAUAGUAUAUAAAUUUAGAGAAUCUGUCUGGUACCAGUCCAGCUUGAUCGGAGUAUGACUGUGAAGUUUGGGGUUUCCGACAAAUAGCUGGUUGCUAUUGUAGUGUUGUACAGAACUAUUAUAAAUUCACAAAUAUGUUCAGUUGUUAAGAAUUUUGUUAGUUAGAUGGCAUUGAUUGUAUAUGUUUUUGUUAUUUACUUAUAUGUCUCAGAAAAAAUAUAUGUACAGUACUCAAAUUAGGCAUUGCUUAUAGUAGACGAUGGAUAAGCCAUCCAGCCUGGCUAACUCUCAUGAUAUAUAUGUUGAUUUUGUUUUUUGUACUUAAAUGUGCUGUAUUGAACAAAUGUCCUAAUGUAAUGAGAUUGUUUUUCUGUACUGGAAAUCCACAAUGUUGUUACCUUGCUUAGAAAUCCUAAAUGUUACUAGUAUGUUGACUUUUGUCAUAUCAGGGAAACUAAAAUGACAGAAAAUUACUAUAUUUGUAAUAUAUAUAUAUAUAUAGUAAGCAACUUUCAUUUCUUCAUCUUCUGAUAGCAUCUACUUCAGUUCUAUAAAUAAUUCCGAUCCCAAAAUCAUUUUUGGAUAUAUAGAUUAAAUGCAUCAUGUGUGUAUGUCAUGUAUAUGUCCAAUUCUAGAGAACGAGAAAUCUUUUUUUGUCUACAGUUAAGGAGUUCUAAUAUUAAAUGUUUAAAAUCUGUUUUGAGAAUUUUUCAAAUCUAGUGUGACGUUGAAAACAGCCAGUAGUCUUUCAAGUCUGUGCAUUUACUGAAACUGUCCGUCAGUUAAUAGUUGAAAGAAAGUGGAUUCUAUUUAAUUAAUUAUCCACAAUUUUCCAUUUUGUUUUUCACAAAGCAUUUUCAGAAAAUCGUAAGAUUUUUUCUUUAUUGUAUUAGCGCUAUUGGCCUUAUUAUGAAAUUUUGCAUGUUAAAAUUUUAGAUAUUUAUCCCUUUAUUUUGUUUAAUUACACCAUAUAUUUAAGCAGCUAAGUAGAAUCCACUUUCAUUUAAUGAAGUUUAGUGCCAUUAAAACUGAUGUGUUCACUUUGAAAUGAAUUGUAAAUUGUAUAAAACGCAUGGAAAACAUGGUUACAUUUAAUAUGCUCAAAAGGUUAUAUAUAUAUAUAUAUCACGCAAAAUAAUAUUUGAUACAUUUUUUUUUUUGUUUUUGAGUAAAUGACAAACUUUUUCAACAGAAGUGCCAUAUUGUGUGUCAAAAUUUUGAACAUGUUCUGUUAACUGUUACAUUAUUAACUUUGGUUAAUUUUACACAUAAAAGUUUCUAGUCAUGCCCAGAAAAAUUCACUUGAUACCUUUACCAGAAUUAUACAAGAAAAAAAAAUAUGGUUCAGAAUCAUAUUUUCGGUAUGGGAAAAUGGUUAUAUUUGCAAAUAUUACAAACUUAAAUGAUAGCCCAAGAUAAAACUGAAAUCCAGAAGGCAAGUUUUGUUUUUAUCCUUUCCUGUUCAGAACAUCCAAAAAUUGAAAUCCCUUUGCAGAUAUUUGUAUGUGUUAAUGAUGUCAGUAAAUUGUUUCUUUCAUGAUAUAUAUUGAAUCAGUAAACGCAAAUAAGUGACCACCAAGGUUAAAAAAUGAAAUUGGAAACCAGUCUGAAACUCCAGCAUCUGAUUGGUUGUUUCUGAGCACAAAUCUGAAACUGACCAAUGGCAAGACUGCAUUUUGAGACUGGUCCCAGGUGUUCUUAAAUGGCAUGUUUUACAUGAUCUCACCUCCUGUGAAUCAGACAUUUUUGCUUACUGACUGAGCUUAGGUAUAAUAGCAACUACAUUUUAUGGAAAAAGAAUGUAACUUAGUGAAAUACCAGAAUUUUACACUUUUUUUCAACGAACAAAGCUGGUGUGGACAAACUAGGUGUUUAUUUUCACUUGCUAUAUUUUAGGUUAAUAUUUUGUACAAUACAGUUUUUAGACACUUGUCACAAUUUUGUGAUAGCUUUACAUGUGAAAGAGUUAUAAUCGGGUAAAUUUAAUAUUAGAAUUAGACAUUGAUAUUUUUUAGAUGAAAAUGUUUUUGAAUGUAUAGUGUCCCUUUUAAAAUACUGUGAAAUUUACACUAGUUUAUAUAUAUAGAUGUUAGAUUGUAAAUUAAUGGGAGAUUUCGGCUGGUAAAUAAGCUAGAUUAAUACUUUAGACCUGCAGAAAACCUAACUUUAUUUCUUACAUUGGAAAUUAACAACAAACCAUGAAGUUAUUAGUCCAUGAAAGAAAUAAGUUAGGUUUUCAGACAGCACUUUGAACUAAUCCAUGACAAAAUUACCCAUAAUGCCUUGCUUCUAGUCUGCUUGUUAUUUGACAUAUGUCCCUUGGUAGUCCAUGUGAAUGGCAUUUAAAUGCAUUAACUGACAUUCUUAAAAGCUGUUUUUAGUUUCCCUACCUUCUCACAGUUGUAUCUUUGGUCAAAUUCUGGCCACAAAUAGAACGAUGGAUUCAUCAAUAGUUUUAAACACGUUCUAAUAGAUUAGCUGUCAUACAGUUUAACAAUCUUGAACAAAUGAAAAUUUUAAUUAAUUCAAUUGCAUAUACAAUAUAAAGCAUUGAAAUGUAUUUUGCCAGAAUUACAAAACCAAAUUGUGUCGAAAGGUUUCAUUUCGGUUGUAUAAAUUUCAUUUAAUGACUUCACAUUACCGAACUUUAUUCCUAUCAUUUUAUUACAACAAACCAGUUCUGAAACAUGUCAGUUUCUAAUUACAACUAGUAGUGAUAUAUGACAGUCACUUGAAAUUCCACAUAUAGUUGUCUAUUGUGACCAUUAGGAUAAGAAAUUAUGUUCAUUUUUUUGUUUAUUUUCUAUAUGUUUAGACUCCUAUAUAAAGUUUAGCUGCAGCUGCUGAUGUUAAAUAUUCUAUUGUUACUUAUCAGUUAUAGAAAUAUGUCUAUUAAAAUACUGACAAAAAUAUA